AUGACUAUCUUCUCUUUAAUCAUUCUGUUCUUUCAACUACAAUUCAUCAAUGCUUGUCCACCAAUGUGUUCAUGCCAGGGAACGAUUGUUGAUUGUAGCAAUCGCAAUCUACAAGUUAUCCCGUCCGAAAUACCAAAAAACGUGUUUAAAUUAGAUUUACAAUUCAAUAAUAUAUCAAUUAUUCGCAAAGAUGAUUUCAAAGCCUUUCGUCAAUUGCGGAUCUUAAAUCUUCAAGAUAAUCAAAUACAUACGAUCGAUACUGACGCAUUUCGUGAUUUAACAUCAUUAGAAAAAUUACGACUCAAUGGCAAUAAAGUAAAUCACUUUGCAGAUGGCAUGUUCAAUACACUCAAACAACUUCAGCGAUUGGAUCUUAGCUCUAAUCGAUUACGUGCGAUUAAAACAGAUACAUUUCAAGGUCUACAUGAACUUACCAAUUUACAAUUGGAUCAUAAUGAAAUCGCAUGUAUUGAACCGGAAACCAUCAACGGUUUGAAACGGUUGGAAAUUAUAACGUUGAACUCAAAUAAUUUAACGACAUUACCUACGUUACCUUUCGCUCAACUUCUUCAUCUACGAGUUUUACGAUUACAUGAUAAUCCAUUCAUCUGCGAUUGUCGUUUACUAUGGCUCGCAAAGUAUCUUCGAGUGCAAUCAUUUCUCGGCAUUAAUACUCAAUGUCAAGAUUCUGAUACAUCGAUUUCGAAAGAUAUUGCAAUUUUAUUGAAUGACGAAGGGCGAUGCAACACGAUGGAUUAUGAAGAUAUUGAAUACAAAUGUAAUGUAUUUAUUUGUCCGUAUCCAUGCGUGUGUUUCAAUGGUGUUGUGGAUUGUAAAGACAAGGAGUUGACAGAACUUCCGCAAAAUAUCCCAGAUACUACGGUCGAAUUACGUUUGGAAAAGAAUCGGAUUAUAGAAAUUCCACCGAAGGCGUUUAGUUAUUUGAAACGUUUACGUCGUUUAGAUUUAAGCAAUAAUUUGAUUUCUAUCAUUUAUCCGAAUUCAUUUGCUGGUCUUCAAUCACUCAAUUCACUUAUUCUUUCCAACAAUCACAUUGUGCAUUUACCAUUCGCAAUCUUUCACCAUGGAUUUCUACAUUUGCAACUCUUAUUAUUAAAUGCAAAUAAAAUCGUUUGUAUACGUGGAGAUACUUUUUAUGGGUUGGAGAAAUUAAGUUUGUUAUCAUUAUAUGAUAAUCAAUUGAAAACAUUAGCAAAUGAUACAUUCAGUCCAUUGAAGAAUCUUCAAACAUUACAUUUAGCUCGCAAUCCAUUUAUAUGUGAUUGUCACUUACGUUGGUUGAAUGCAUAUUUACGUAACAAACCGAUUGAAACAAGUGGCGUUCGUUGUGCAGGACCGAGACGUAUGAUAAAACGAAAAUUUGGUGUAUUAAACGAUCGACGAUUUCGUUGUCGCAAUCGAAUGGAGUAUGAACAUACGGCCUAUGCCUCUCAAUGUGAUACACAAUGUCCGAAAGGAUGCACAUGUCAUAAAACAACCGUCAUAUGUCGAGGAUUGCAAUUACAAACAAUACCUACCGAUCUACCAGCAUUUACUACCGUUCUUGAUCUGCAAGAUAAUCUUAUCAAGCGAAUAUCUCGUGAGGAUGAUCUUCGACAUUUGAAAAGUCUUUAUACUCUUGAUCUACGAAAUAAUCGAUUGGACAAUAUUGAUGAUGAUGCGUUCGAUGGCGUUGAUUCAUUGAAUGAACUGUUUUUAAGUAAUAAUAGUCUUCACAAAGUAACAUCACAUAGCCUGAAUGGUUUGAAAAGUCUUCAAAUAUUAGAUUUAUCGAAUAAUCGUCUAAAAUGCAUUGAUCAAGGGUCAGUUGAUCAGUUGCAAACGUUAUCUGAAUUAAAUUUACAGUCAAAUCCAUUGAUAUGCAAUUGUCAUAUGAAAUGGUUGAAAUACAGUAAAUUCCUUACUGAUUAUCCGAAAUGUGUGUUACCAAUCAAACUCAACAAUACUCUAAUUGCAAAUGUUCCUGAUGAAGAAUUCAUCUGUAACUCGACAGACACGAACCUUUGUGCAACAUCGUCCUUCAAUAUUUGUCCGUCGAACUGUACUUGUUACAGUAAAGUCGUGCGAUGCUCUCAUGCUCAACUGACGCGUAUUCCCUACGAAGAGAUACCAAUUGAUACUGAAGAGCUCUAUUUCGAUUCGAAUCAUAUCGAAGAGAUUCCAAUCGAAUCAAUGAAGCGACUAGUUUCUCUGACGCGAGUUGAUUUCAGCUACAAUAGAUUACGUUCGAUAAAUGGAUAUCUAUUUUCAAACUUGACUCGACUUGAAACAUUGAUAUUAUCUUAUAAUAAAAUACAAUGUUUGGAUGUGAAUGCAUUUAAAGGAUUGAAGAAUCUAAGAAUUUUAUCACUGCAUGGAAAUGAAAUUGCUACCAUAACUGAGGGAACAUUCAAUGAUUUAACAGUUCUAUCGCACAUCGCAUUGGGUAGCAAUCCAUUCUAUUGUGAUUGUCAUCUCGCUUGGUUAUCAUCAUGGAUUAAAACCGAUUAUGUUGAGCCGGGUAUUGCUCGAUGUGUGGGUCCAAGUCUCAUGGAAAAUAAACUUCUUCUCACGUCUCCAAUCUCGUUUUUUCAAUGUUACAAUAAGAAUGAAUCAGACCAUUAUCAGCAUAAAUGCAAUCCUUGUUAUAAGAAUUCAAUCUCUUGUUUAAACAACGGUACCUGUCGUCCACUAUCAUUGAAUGAACAUAUGUGUGAUUGUUUACCAAAAUAUCAUGGUGAUUCUUGUGAGAAGAUUCGAAAUGGUUGUAUGAGCAAUCCAUGUGAACAACAGGGAACAUGUCAAUCUCUGGCUGACGGCCUCUUUCAAUGUUCAUGUUUACCAGGUUUCACAGGAAAACAGUGUGAAAUCAACAUAAAUGAUUGCAUUUCAAAUCGUUGUCAAAAUAAUGGUACAUGUAUUGACAGAAUCGAUGAUUAUUCAUGUUUAUGUUCGCCCUCAUAUACUGGCAAAUUUUGUGAAGAGGAAUUGAAUUGGUGUAGUGAAAAACUGACUCCAUGUCAAAAUAAUGGACGAUGCUUACGAACAGACACUGGAUAUAAGUGCGAGUGCGCGAUGAAUUUCAUAGGUAUUAAUUGUACGGAAACAGCUAACGAAUGUUCUAACCACGCUUGUCAAUUUGGUGUUUGUAUUCCUGAUGAUGGCAGAUAUACGUGUAAAUGUGAUGUCGGUUUUACUGGACAAUAUUGCCAAAUCGCUCCUGAGCUCAAAUCGUCGAAAUUACUUGUGCCAAUCAAAUGUACAGCAGAUUUUUGUUCUAACAAUGGUGUUUGCUACGAAGAAGCAAUCAAUAUCCUUCGUUGUCGUUGUUUCGCGGGUUAUAUAGGUGAACGAUGUAGUACGUUACAAAGUGUUCAUUCGAAAACAAACAAUUCAUUUAUUAAAUUACCAAAACCAAACUUAUAUCCACGUUUAAACAUAACAAUUGUAUUCAGUACAAAACAAAGUAGUGGUGUACUCGUGUAUUUUGGUCAUUUGGGACAUUUAGUAGCCGAGCUAUUCAUGGGACGUAUCCGAAUUAGUUACGAUGUCGACAGUUCACCUGGAUCAGUGAUAUUCAGUUAUGAUGCUGUUAAUGACGGGAAUAUUCAUGAGUUGCAGUUGAUUAGUAGUGGAAGCAAUUUUAGUUUAACAGUCGACCGAGGUUACACAAGACACAUCAGCAAUCGAGGUGGUGAUACUUAUAUGAAUACCAGUGACAUACAUACACUAUACAUUGGCGGAAUAUCAAAUGAAAUGAUUGAUAGAGCCCUUCAGUUAUGGCAUAUUCGUGAAGCAACCUCAUUUCAAGGUUGUAUUCAUGCACUCUAUAUAAAUAACAAUCCAGUCAAUUUUGCUGAUGUUGACUAUCGUCACAAAGUUUUACCUGGUUGUGAAACUGGCGAACAAAGCCAACUGUCAUGUACCUCAAUGUCGUGUCAAAAUGGGCAAUGCCAUCUUGAAGGCUUUACGCAUAAAUGUCGAUGUUACGAUGGCUUUACUGGACCAACAUGUAGUGAAAGUAAGUUGUCAUCACUGCCAGCAUCUCAACCAUGUGGUGUGAACAUUGAAACUGGAUAUUAUAUUGAUCCAACAACGAAAUGCUCGAGUGUAAAACGAUUACGUAUGACCAAAUGUCAUGGAGAAUGUUCGCCUUCAGCUUCUAAUGCCACGCAAUCGGCAUGUUGUAUACCAAUUGAGCCAAAACGUCGAUAUUUUCGAAUGAAAUGUACAAAUGGUUUUACUUAUCGACAAUCACUUGACUUUUUCAAACAAUGUAAAUGUUCAACAACUGUUUGUUAA